AUGACUGAGAUGCCACAACAACGGAUGAAACCGGAAUCAUAUUCGUGCUCCAGGUGUAGGAGGUUGAAGAAGAAAUGUCCAAGACAGACUCCAUCAUGUGCAAAUUGUGAAAAGGCUCAUGCUACCUGUAUCUAUGUGGGAAGAGCACCAAGAAGAACUAAGAGAGAGUUAGAAGAGGCUAGACUCAGGGGUGAAAUCAUACCUCAUAAGAAGCCGAGAAAACUAUCUCAGGAUGAAGAACUUAAUGCUACAACAACCUCCGGUAGUUCACAGCAACUUCCGACCGCGGAUUUCUCUGGGUUGCCCUCCAUGAACGAAAUCGUUAAUUCAAGAACAAGUAGUGUUCCUAGGACAAGUAUUAGUGUACAUUCACCGGGGACGUCCACGACGAGCCCGGGACCCCCAGAAGGUGGGGUAUCUUCUUUGAUCUCUGCAUUAUCCUCUCUCCAGGGCACAGGAUCACCAUUUACGGCUUCAACAAUGCACAUUCCAAUAGCUCGUCCGUCACCAGGUGCGAUCUCCACCUUAUUAAAUCAAGCACCCUCAUCAGAAUUCGUAUCUCCAACUUCAAUGAAGGAACCCAUACUUUCAACGGACCCUUCCCAAGCUCAACAUCAACAACAGCACGAAGUGAAGUCGGAUUUCCAUCCCAAAGCAGAACCAUUAUUAAGUUUUUCACCGGUGGAUCCAAAGUUAAUCAAUGGACAACGUGUGUCCAAAUCAGAACCACAUAUUCUUCAUCAUUUUGAGUCCAUACCAAUUAAGGCCCCUGAUAUUGAAACGAGGACAAUAACUAGUGUUUUCAAAGGGGGAUUGAUGACGCCUUGGAUUCAAAGAGAUGGUUCAUAUAAACCAAUCGAUCGUUCUUUAUUAGAUAGAUUCAUUGCAGCUUAUUUCAAACAUAAUCAUAGGUUAUUCCCCAUGAUUGAUAAAAUUGCAUUCUUAAAUGAAGUCAGCACAAUGACCAAAUUCGAAAAUAUUGAAACGGAUCAUGAUCCCAUUUUUGUCUUUGAAUUUUAUAUGAUUAUGGCAAUUGGUUGUACUACAUUGAGAAGGGCUGGUAUGUUGAAUAUGGAUGAAGAGGAUUUAAGUGAACAUCUUUCAUACUUGGCCAUGAAAAAUUUCUCUCAUGUAAUGGAAUUACAAAAUAUUGAAACAUUAAGAUGUUUACUAUUGUUGGGGAUUUAUUCAUUUUUCGAACCUAGGGGUUCCUCCUCAUGGACCAUUAGUGGUAUAAUUAUGAGAUUAACAAUCUUCCUUGGUCUUAAUCGUGUUUUGACUCCAAAGAAAAUGAACAUGAUGUCUGCCGUGGAGGUGGAAGCUAGAAACAGAGUCUUUUGGAGUGCCUACUGUUUUGAAAGAUUAGUAUCCACUUGUCUUGGUAGAUAUUCAGCAAUCGAUGAUGAUGAAAUUACCAUUGACGUGCCUCGUCCAUUGUAUGAAGGUGAAAAGGAUGAAAUUGAAGUCACAAGAACAAUGAUUGCAUUAAGGAAAAUCGCUGGCCGUAUCUUUAAGCAAGUUCAUUCAGUUAGUGUCAGUCGUCAAAAAUUAACCAUGGAGGAAAGACAAGAUAUAAUCAAAAAUUUAAGAAAAGAACUCGAUGACGUUUAUAUGAAUGAGCAGGCCAAAAUGGAGAAACAUAAUUCAAUGAAAUUGGAUGAACCUGAACCACCUUCGUUUAAUAAUCCUAACAUUGCCAACUCCAUAUCAUAUCAUAGUUCUGAUAAUUGGUUAUCAAUGAGGUAUGCUCAGUUACAAAUUCUGUUGUACAGACCAUCUACUUUAAUUCCCAAGCCACCCAUUGAUUCAUUAAUGAAUUUAGGUAAUUUCUGUUUACAGGCAUGGAAACACACGUACACACUUUACAAGGAGAAAUUACUACCAUUGAAUUGGAUUACAUUAUUUAGAACGUUGACGAUUUGUAAUACUAUUCUUUACUGUCUUUGUCAAUGGAGCAUCGAUUUAAUUGAGAGUCAAAUUGAAAUUCAACAAUGUGUGGAAAUCUUGCAACAUUUUGGUGAAAAGUGGAUCUUUGCCAGCAGAUGUGCCAAUGUUUUCCAAAAUAUUAGUAAUACGAUUUUGGAUAUCAGUUUAAGUGCAGGUAAAGUUCCCAAUAUGGACAAAUUGACGAGGGAAUUAUUUGGUGCCAGUGAUGCCUACCAGGACAUCCUGGACGAAAACAACGUGGACGUUUCCUGGGUGGACAAAUUAAUGUAA